UUACCAUGCAAAUCGGUUACGGAAGUGACGCGUUUUGACCCUGACAAACAUGGCGGCGCACAGGUGUGCAAGAGUUUUCCGGAAUGUCUCUUCACUUGUCACAGGAACAAGAUCUGCUGCGUGCAAAUAUCACCACGGAGCUGCACUCAGUACGCUGUCCUUCAGCAUGAGGACAUUACCACGAUGUCCCACAGCCAUGUUUGUGAGAAACAUGUUUAUUCAGACUCAAGACACUCCAAACCCAAACAGUCUGAAGUUUCUCCCUGGGCGGACGGUGUUGGACUCGGGCACGAUGGACUUUGUAGCUCCCAGAGAUGCUUUCUGCUCUCCACUGGCCAGAUUCUUGAAAGUAUCCAGCGUUUACCUUGACGCUUUGCACACUAUUGGCGUUAUUGUAACCAGCUUCAUGAGGUUGGAAUGCUUUUCAAUUAACAGGCAGCUCUUCAGAAUUGAUGGAGUCAAAAGCGUCUUCUUAGGCCCAGAUUUCAUAACCAUCACAAAGAGUGAUUCUCACACGGAGUGGAAGUUGAUUAAACCGGACGUCUUCGCCACCAUUAUGGACUUCUUCACAUCCGGCCUUCCUGUUGUGAAUGAAGACGCCGCUCCGCGUUCAGACACCGCGCCCUCGGAUGAUGACGAUGAGGUCGUUGCCAUCAUUAAAGAGCUGCUCGACACACGGAUCAGGCCCACAGUGCAGGAGGACGGGGGCGACGUGCUCUACCGGGGUUUUGAGGACGGCAUCGUGAAGCUGCAGCUCCAGGGUUCGUGCACCAGCUGUCCGAGUUCCAUCGUCACGCUGAAGAAUGGCAUCCAGAACAUGCUGCAGUUUUACGUCCCCGAGGUGGAGGGAGUGGAACAGGUGAAGGACGAGGAUGACGGAGUGGAACAACACACCCAGCAAUGAGUGCUAGGAAGCAGGAUCUGGAACACACUCCUGCCUCCUACGUCUCAUAAAGCUGACUGAGGAUGAUGCCUGAUUAAAAACAGGAAGGUGUUCACUAAUACAGUGGCACAAAAUUACUGUACACCAUAGGUGUGAUUUUCCCAGACAUGUUUAGGGAACUGUUGGGGAAUAUUCUUAUGGAAAUGUGUCAAAUGGUUCCAGUAAGGCUUAUCUCAUUCACAUCUUUUGGUUUUGUCUGAAAUCCAAGUGAUAGUGCAAUAAACAAUACUGUAAAUUCAAGCUGAGCAAACACCACUUAGAUCCUGACCACAUCGGGCACUUGUGAUAUUUAUAGCACUUUCAGUUUUCUUCUCAAUGUUUCAUGCUAGAAUUCAAGACACAAAAUGCUUUUUUUUUUUCAACAAAAAUGCAUCGUGUGUCUUUAUAGAUGGUGUGCAGUUAAAAUACAUUCAUUUAUAUGCACAAAAAUAAAAUGUUAUUGCGAA